GGUAACGGUACCGUCACUGUUUCUCAUGAAUCCACCACCGUUGACACCAUCACUUCUUGUGGUCCAGAAGUCACCAACUGCCCAGCCUCUUCCCACGCUGCUGUCUCUACCUUCGUCGCUGGUGCCAACAAGAACGGUGCUUACGCCGCCGCCGCAGCCGUUGCUGCUGCCGUUGUCAUGGGUUUGUAA